AUGUUCAAAUAUUAAGUAAUAGAAAAUUAAGAAUAACUAACAUGUUAAAAAAACCACAAUUCACCGAUCACAACGGUUUUAUUUGAUGAUCAUUUAAAAAAUAAUGAGAGACUAUUAUGCAAUGUGUGCAUGUAAGACUUUGAAGGGAAUGUCAAAAUAGUUGGAUUUUAAAAAGUUAUCUAAAUUAUUGAGAAUGAGUAAAAAAGAAACGCAGAAAGUGUUGAAGUUUUCAUAAAGGCAACAGAAAAAAAUGUUCAGAUGUUGGCAAUAAACGUUCAGAAUCUCAAAACAAAAAUGCUUUCAUAACUUGAUUAAAUUGAAGGUGUUAUAUAGCAAUGGAAAAAUUAAUUAGAUUAAAUUUAACAAAGCACGAUUAAAUAUAGCUUCUUUGAAGAGUUAGACAAUCAAAUAAAGAAAAAGGUAUCUACCUCCUAAUCGCAUGUUAUGUUAAUGAAAAAUAUUCAAACGUAUAAUUAAUCUUGCUAAUCAAAAUUAGAAUCCUAUAUAGAUUAACUAAUGUCUUUAUAGUUAUCGAAUGAAUAUUAAGAAUUCAAAAGUUACUUGAAAGAGCUUGAGGAAUCUUCCUUGACUAAGUUUAGAGAACAAUUAAAAAGCCAAAAUUUCUAAUAGAAGAAUCAAAAUUUGGAAAUACAAUUGAUUGAAAAUCAGUUUUUAUAACCGUAAUAAUGUAGAGCGAUCUCAUUUAAUCAUUCUGAUGAAAUUAUGAUAUCCACAUGUGAUGAAAUAAUUAGAGUAUUCAACUUUAAAAAUGGUAUAAUUGAAGAGAGAUGUAAAUUGCUAGGGCACUCUGAGAGUGUAAACUGUUUAAUUUUUAGUAAAUUUUCCAACUGCUUUAUAUCUGGUUCUGCUGAUUGUUCAAUUCGAUGCUGGUAAUAAUCAGAGAAUACAUAAUGGAAAUCUUCAUAACCAUAUAAUAUGCAUACUGGAUAAAUACUAUGCAUAAUAUUGAAUUAGAAAGAAAAUGAAUUAAUUUCAGCAAGCCUGGACUCAACAAUAAAAAUUUGGGAAUUGAAUUUCAAAAAAAAUAUUUUAGAAUAUUAAACUUAAUUAAUUUAGCAUUAAGACAGUAUAUUUUCAUUAAGUUUAAAUGAAUCUGAAACAUUUUUGGUUUCCGCUGGAUUGUAAAACCGAAUUAUUGUUUGGAAAAAAAAAAGAAAUGUUUGGGUUUUCAGCAAUUUUGUUAAAUAAUCUUUUUGUGAAAGAUGUUUAAAGGUGAAAUUUUUAAGAGAUAACUUAUUAUUGUCAGUUGCAGAUGCAGAUAUUAAUGUUUUUGAACUUAACAAUGGAGUGUUCUAAUAGAAAAAUGAUAAAGCAAUAGAAUUGUAAAGAGAUCAUGUUUAAGACAGCUUCCUAUUUCCUAUAACACAAAUUACGGAUAUAUAUUAUUGGAGAGACGUUAGACCAGAAAUUUCAAAUAAUAAAAAUUAUUUAGUGUUAAUCGAAUAGAAGUUAAGGUACGAUGACUAAUGA